AUGGGACGAACUAACGCAAAGCUAAUUAAAGCUCGGCCUGCGGUAGAAGCGCCAAGAGGGAGCUGGGGCGAUGCUGGCCGAGCAGCCUGUCCCGCGGGCACGCCCACCGGGGCCCCCAGUGCGGCCAAUAGAGGGCGGAGCCGCCCGCGGCCGCUGCUUCUGUUGCCGGAGCAACGGCAGCGGCGUUGCCAACGGUACCCUCGCGACACCGCCGGCCGCCCCUCCACCGCCGGCCGCCCCUCCACGGCCGGCCGCCGCGACACCGCCGGCCGCCCCUCUACCGCCGGCCGCCCCUCCACCGCCGGCCGCCGCGACACCGCCGGCCGCCCCGCAGCUAUGGCCAGCCGCGGCCCGCCCCAGCCCAGCCAGUACGGCGGGGCGGCGAGAGCCACCCACGGGCAGAGCCCCUUCGCUUCCAGCUCGCACCAACUCCUCCAGGGCCGCCCCCCCGUGAACCGGUGGAGGGCAGAGGCGGGCAGGGAGAAGAGGGUGAUGGCGCCCGAGCACGGCUCCGGCCCCUUUGCCAUCGUGGGGCGCCGCUACCCUCUCUACCCGCGGCUGCCGGGUCGUGAUUCCUGUGACCAUGCUGUUGAGACCACGGCCCCGUGGAGCAGGGACGCAGAGAGGAGGGCUCUGCGGGUGACAGCCGCCUCCCUCCUGCAGGUUCCCAGUAAGCCAUCAGCUGGGCCACCAGAGCGAUGGUCCCUACAAACCGGUAAGGUCCACCUCUGCCCCACAUCGAUCGAGAGGCAUCCCCUGCCCCUCACACCUGCCCUAACCAGUCAUUCCCAGGUCAAACGAGCCCUGGUGGCACUCACCAUUCCCCUGGAGACACUGCAAGCAGUGAAGGGCCGCAUGCUGCAGGCCAUGCUCGAGGGGCUGAGCCACCAGACUCACGAACAGGCCAACGUGCGGAUGCUGCCCACCUACAUCCGUUCCACACCUGAUGGCACUGAGAAGGGUGACUUCCUAGUGGUGGAACUGUGCCAGAGCCAUGUCCGGACCCUGUGGGUGAACCUCCCAGACAAUGGAAACCAGAGCAUCCAAGAGAUGUACAGGACCUUCAACAUUCCAGAGGACAUCAUGAAGGGCACAGGGGAAGCGCUUUUUGACUUCAUUGCGGUAUGUGUGCAGCAAUUCCUGUCUGGCAUUGGCAGUGCCCAGACUAGCUUCUCCUUGGGCUUCAUCUUCCCUUUCAGAUGCAGGCAGACACAACUGGACAAGGCUGAACUCAUCUCCUGGGCCAAGGAAUACAGCUGCAGUGAUGUGGAGGGGAAGGAUGUUGUGCAGUUGCUUCAGACAGCUAUCAACAAGCAGGAGGUGGGGGAUCUGUGGGAUGAGGGAUCCUGGCUGGGGGCUCCCCCACGGAGCAGCUGACAGUGCUCUUGCUUUGUUGUUGGCCAGCUCUACCAUGUGAAUGUCAUUGCCCUUAUGAAUGACACUGUGGGCACCAUGAUGACCUGCAGCUUGGAGGGGAAACCCUGUGAGGUUGCCUUGAUUGUAGACAAGGGUACCAACUGCUGCUUUAUGGCUGAGGCACGGCUGGUGGAGAUGGUGGAGGAGACCAGUGGGCAGAUGUGUAUCAACACCGAGUGGGGCUGCUUUGGGGACGAUGGCACCCUAAAUGACAUACUGACCCCAUAUGACGAGAAUAUGGACCAGGAAUCCUCCAACCCUGGGGAGAAGAGGUGCACACACACAAACACACACAGAGUUUGA